CCUCGCCUCUUGCUUUCUCUUCUUACUCUUUCACCAGCUGGAGUACGCGUCCCAGCUGAAACCCCUGCAGCCGAACGGAGACAUCUUCCUGGUAGACAAGCAAACCACUGUACUCACGCCCUUCUUCCAUCACCUCAAAACUAUCCACACCAGUCGAGUCUCAGAGACAGAGAGAGAGAGAGGGGGAGAGAGAGAGUCGUGCACUACAAUGGGAAAGCAUCGCUCAAAGCAACGACGCAUGCGCGUUAGAGACACCGAUGCUUCGAGUCUGACCAUUUCGAAGCGACCAAGACCUGACGUGCCAUCGGCAUCCGGAGCGAAUUCUGACCCACCUGCUUCGUCCACCUCUGUGAAUGGAAAUAAUUACCAUGUAUUCUUGAGCUUUAGAGGCCCUGAUACUCGCAAAGGCUUCGUCGAUCACCUCUACCAAAGACUCAAAGCUUUGGGCCCGAGGUACCAUCCAAACUCUGUGUUCAGAGAUGAUGAGGACCUCCCCUUCGGCGAGAAAAUUGGUGAAAAUCUCAUCAGUGCAAUCGAGCGCUCUAAGGUUUCAAUCCCAGUCAUCUCGGAAAAUUAUGCUGCUAGCGAAUGGUGCCUUCGUGAGCUCAUUCAUAUAAUGGAGUGUAAAGAAAGCAGAGGACAAAAAGUCUUGCCCGUGCUUUACAAGGUGAAACCCAAGCAUGUCCGAAAACUAAAGGGGGCCUUUGGAAAGGCCUACAAAUCCUGUAAGGAUAAAUUUGAGAAGGAGGUCGAGCAACAGGGGCUGCUAGCUCUCAGAAAAGCAGUUGAUCUUAGAGUAUUUGAAUCAGAGAAAUUUGCUGAUGGGCAUGAAGGGGAAUUGGUAAAUAAACUCGUAGAAAUAAUAUUGCGUGAGGAGCAACAUGAUCUCCCACCAGAUCUUCCUGAAAACUUGGUUGCAAUUGAGGAUCGUGUGGCUGAGGUUAUGGAAUUGGUGGAUCUUGCUCGCCCGGACACUCGAAUUAUUGGGAUUUGGGGGAUGGGCGGCAUCGGUAAGACAACUCUGGCUACGAUCAUCUAUAAAAAGCUUUUUGACAAGUUUCAGUGCCACAGCUCUCUCCAGGAUAUUAGAGAAGAAAUUAAUUGCAAGGGCGUCGAGCAUGUCCAAUCUCUACUCAUCUCAGAGAUAACAAAAAGCCCUCCCCAUAGCGUGCCUAAGUCUGCUAUAGGGAUUGCAAGGAUCCAAUCAAGUUGUGAAAAUAAGAAGGUACUUAUUCUUCUUGACGAUGUGGAUCAUCGAGACCACCUCGAUAAAUUGAUUGGAGGUUGUAAUUUCGGGUCAGGAAGUAGGAUUAUAAUUACAUGUCGAGACAAGACUCUCUUUAAGUCUGACUAUGAAAUUUAUGAACUCAAAGAAAUGAACAGUGAACAAUCUUUGCUUCUGUUUAGUAGAUAUGCAUUUGAAGCGGAACAACCUCCCAAAGAUCUUGUGACUCUUUCAAGUGCUAUUGUUGCCACCACAGGAGGGCUUCCCUUAGCUCUCAUGGUUGUAGGUUCACUUCUCAAAGGAGAAAAAGAUCAAAUGAUAUGGAAAGAGAGGCUGGAGAAAUUGAGGAAGGUACCUCAUGUGGACGUACAAAAAAAGUUGAAGAUAAGUUAUGAUUCAUUAGGUCAUGCAGAGAAAGAGAUGUUUCUAGACAUUGCAUGUUUUCUUAUUGGAACUGACAAAAGAAUUGCCACCUACUUUUGGGCGGAUCUCAAAUUCUUCCCACUAACCGGAUUGCAAAUAUUGAUUAACCGUUCGUUAAUAAAAAUUGAGGACAAGAAUAAAUUGAGAAUGCAUGAUCAGUUAAGAGAUUUAGGUAGAGCUAUCGCCCAUCCAGCAUAUAAGAAGCCAUGGGAUUGUAGCAGACUAUGGGACAAGGAGGAAGUCAUGGAAGUUCUACGACGUAAGGUGGACAGUGAAAAUAUUGAGGCACUACGUCUAGACCAAAGGGGCUCCAGAGAGUUCAUAAGGCGAGAAGGCUUUAAAAAAAUGCCUAACUUGAAGUUCCUUCAUGUGAAGGAUGUGAAUUUUGAUGGAGAUUUGAAAGAAUCACUCACUAAAUUAAGAUGGUUAAAGUGGGAGGGAUGUUGUGACUCUUUUAAGCCGACCAACUUUCGUUUGGAGAAAUUAGUCAUACUUGAUUUAUCACUAGAUUAUUCUUAUCAUAGUCAAAACAGUAUCAGUGAAAAUUGGAGUGGAUGGAGUUCAAUUAAGAUGAAGAAGUUGAAAUUUCUCAUUCUUUCCGGGUGCACAGGAUUAAAGAGAAACCCUGAUCUCUGUGUGUUUAAAAAUUUAGAGGAGCUAAUCCUAGAAGGCUGUAAUAAUUUGAAGAAAAUUGACCCUUCCAUUGGAGCUCUGAAGCAGCUGAAGAGGUUAAAUGCCCAUGGGUGUUUGCAACUUACUGACAUCUCUCCUUCAAUUGGGAAGUUGGGAGAGUUGGUUGUGCUGAAUUUGUCACGUACAUCAAUUACGGGAUUGCCCGAAUCUAUUGGGGAAUUAAAUAAAUUGGAAAUUCUGUGGCUUCAUUUGAGCAAGAUAAAAAUGUUACCGAGCUCUAUUGGAAAAUUGCAAAGACUCAAAGAGCUGGAUGCAUCCGAAUGCUAUCACCUGAAAGGACAAAUUCGUGUUGAUAAAGGUGGGUUGUUUUCUCUAAAGACCCUUCGUUUAGGUUGGUCAAGAAAAAUUUCUGGCUUGCCGGAAAACUUAGAUCAACUUUCUUCUCUCAAACACCUCGAUUUACGUGGGUGUGAAAAGCUUCGGUCAUUCCCAAAACCUCCUUGUAACUUAAAAUCCCUGUGGCUCACCUGUCGGAGCAAUGAGCUGCCAUCGCUCUCUCACCUCAACCAUCUACAGGAGCUCUACCUUUCCUCUUGCGAGUCUCUUCAAAGCAUCCCAGAGCUUCCCUCCUGCAUUCCGAAGCUUCGCAUUUGCAGAUGUCCCAAAUUGGAAAGGUUGCCAAAGCUUUCCGAUUUGGAAUUUUUGUUGGAAUUGCAGGUCAGGGAAUGCGGUGGGCUGAAGAAAUUGGAUGGACUGGAAACUUUAAAAUCCUUAAGAAGGUUGGACCUAGACUCGUCCAUCCUCAACUAUUGUGACGGAAACGCAGAUAAACUCCAUCCGAUACGAGACCUUGAAAAAUCGGGAUCCCUAAAAGUGGGGCUUAUCUUUGGAGCCGCGAGCGUUCGAGUAUAUCGCCUUUUAAGUGGUUGAAUGUUAUGGAUUGCAAAAGCUUAGUUGAAAUUCGCUGCCCUAGUAAAUUCCUGGAGUACUUUGAUAGGCAUGUGUGCGAGUCACUCAAGAAAUUAUCGGACCUUUUACCGCCCAAUAGGCCAUGAUUUAUGAGGAAGAAAUGGCAAGAAGCUGACUGAGGUUGCGGAGGACGUGGUGCGAUUCUGGGCAUUGGGUGAACAACGAUGGGACGACUGAUUCAAAAGUGAGAUUCAUGCUUACAUGCUCCGCUAGCUGAGAAAGGAUUUUCAUGUUGGGUCUUCAUUGCUUCCGGUUGCCAUAUCUUCAGAGUCCAGGUGAUUGGACCCCUUUUAACAUUAAUCCAUUCUUGUCGCCGAUUGAUCGGUUUAUUCAUCGGUUGACUCUUGGCGUGAUUGGUGCAUGCGCAUUCUGGUGAUUCGAGGUUUUGAGUUGCUGUUGUUGGUCUGAUUUUGGAUGUUCGAUGUCUGCACACGGAGGAAAUGAAAUGAGACUAAUUGGAGCUUUUCUGCAUGUUCAGCGAAGCAUGUUCAGUUGUCCUGUUAUAUUAUCAGCUUGUGAUUCCUGUUAGAUGCAAAGAUUUGCUCGGUUAUUCUCUUCUACUAGUUUGCUAUGGUGUAAUGAGAUAACUCUAGCAGCUUUUGAAUAGGUUUCCUGUCAAUGGUGGUGAAUUUUCCUUAUGUUAUCCAGGCAGUCUAGAGCAUGUAUAGUAGGAUUAUUAGGACUUAUGAGCCUAUUACAGGUUUCGGUUGAUUUUAUCACCCUGUGUAGGUAGCAUGGAUAUUGACUGCAGAGUUGUUGGAAUUAAUAUGAACUAACUUCAGGUUGAACGUGAAGAUUACCUUGAUUGAUGAGGUUCUACUUUCAUAGUCAUUUCUUUCUAAUUCUCGGAUCUCGAAGCACCUUGAGGGGUGAUGAGAAGUGGAAAGAUGAACAAUCUCCUGUGAACUAUUUGUUUGUACCUAUGAUCCAAAGUAGCAUUUUCUCCAUGAGUAUGUGGAAAUUCCUUCUCCUAUCCAAAAAACAAUUAAACAAGAAGGAAAAGGGAAGUCCUAUACAGGUACUUCCACAUCACAUUGAAAGAGUUUAGUGGAGUAUUUUAAGGCAUCCCCUGCUCUUUUUUGAUAUCACGACUAUUGCUUCACUGGGCAAUAAGCUUUUUGACCUCUUCUUCAUCAAGACUAGUGCCUGCUGCCUUGACUGCUUGCAUGGGAUUGGAAAAAUAUAUAAUACUAUUAAUAAGAACUCCUAAAAAAGGGCUUUUACCCAACUAAGCUCCUUACCUUUGCUUCCUCCUUUUCUUUUUUUAUGCCACUGAUGGCAUACUUCACUAAAUCAGUAUAAAUGGUGCUUGUUGCGGUGAAUCCCUUCUCAUAAGAUUAUCUGAGGAUGUCCUCACUCAUCCCAGUUAGCUAAUAACGUAGUGAAGUGGUGUUGAAGGCUACUAAUUCACACGGCAAAGGAUGCUAGUGUUUGAAUUGUUGUGAUGGUGAUAUGGCUUGUUCAUUUUGUCCUUACUUUUUCUUUGCUAGCUUUCCAGUUGAAUGGAAUUGCUCCUUAUCUCCUUCUGACUGGGAAAAUGCAAAAGCUUGAGCUGCGAUAAUAGAAGUCCAUUGGUUUCUUCUUUCACAAGGAGUUAUUGGGCUCUGACAUUGUGGUUAACUCUAUGCUAGUCGACUGUUGUCCGCACCGAUGCGAAAUUCAGAGUACAGAGCUGAUUGAAUCUGACUGUAAGUGGCUUUUCUUUUAAGUUACCUGAAGAUUUCAGUUCACAAAAAGGUGUUGAAGAAUGACACUAAACAAUGCUUGAGAAAUAUCUGGUUGUUGGCUGGUUCAACUAUAAAUUUGAGGAUUGCGUCUCCAGCGGGGAUGGGUUAUGUUUGAUGCAAGGGGUGGAGAAUGCUUUGGCCAACUUAUUGUCUGGUCCUUAGCUUUUCAAUGUUUUACUUUUCUCAUGUUGGGCAAGAAGGUUGGUCGACGAUUGAGCCGUGCCCCUUGACCGCCGGUGCUGCAUUGUUCUGUCGUGGAGUCUCUCCCUGAUUCACUUGCAAAAACUCCAUCUGUGUUGUUUGGGAAGCUUGAUUGUGGAAUGGUAAGGAAGGAGAUCAAUCUUUGGAGCUUAGUUUGGAGGCUUUAGAUGUUGCCACCAUAAAAGAAGCGACAUUUGUUUUGUCCAAUUUAAUUGUUGUAGAUUUUAUUAUGUGUCACUGUUCAAAUCCGCUUUUGUUGAACAAGUGUACUCUAUUUUUACAUUAAUACAUAAAAGGUUGUUUGGGGUGUUCAAGAA